AUGAAUAAUAAUAAUAUGAACCCAUCUCUCUUCCAAAAUUACACUUGGAACAACAUCAUCAUCAACAACAACAACAAGAAUGAUCAUCAUCAUCAUAACGAUCCAAUCGGUAUGGCCAUGGACCAACACACCCACCUCCACAUGUUCAAUCCUUUCACUUCUUCUUCUUCUUCUUCUUCUUCUUCUUCUCAUUUCCCUCCUCUCUCUUCUUCCCUCACAACCACUCUUCUGUCCGAUGAUCAAGAAGAAGACGAAGACGAAGAUGAGCCUCUAGAGGAACUCAGUGCUAUGAAAGAGAUGAUGUACAAGAUCGCAGCCAUGCAGCCCGUCGACAUCGAUCCGGCUACCGUUAUGAAACCCAAACGCCGUAACGUUAGAAUCUCCGACGACCCUCAGAGCGUGGCGGCGAGACACCGCCGUGAGAGAAUCAGCGAGAGGAUCAGAAUCCUUCAGAGACUCGUGCCAGGUGGCACCAAGAUGGAUACAGCUUCAAUGCUCGACGAAGCCAUACGCUACGUCAAGUUCUUGAAACGGCAGAUCCGGCUACUCAAUAAUCUUCCUCCUCCGCCGCAAUACCAAGCUUCUCAAGCGAUGACGUCAUGGGUUUCGCCACCACCCCCAGAUUUCGGUGGAGGAGGAGGAGGAGAAAAAUUGAAUUAA